GGCUGGCUUGACUGCUCGUUUACGAGUGGCGGCUGGCUUGACCGCAGUGUAUGUAUGUGUGUCUGUGGCGCAAACAAACUCUCCGCAGCUGCCAGCCCACCCCAAGGUGGUGCGUGAUGCCUGUAAAGCGGAUACCUCAGUGGUUCAUCUGGUAACAACUUUCCUGAAGGACGAGAUUAUUUCUGGGAAGCCUCAAGAGAGUUCUCAUUGUGUUGCAGUCACCAAUAGAAGAUUGGAACGAAAGAGGUCAUCCAGUGUGCUCGCUUGUCUCCAAGGAGUUUGGACAUCUGAACGCAUGAAUAGAUGCAAAGCAUGGUCAAAUAUCAUCCCACAGAGGAGUGACAUUAUUACAGCCAGGCCCAUUGGGAGAGGACAAUGGCCCUGAGCGAGGCGAUUGAUGACCCUCUGGCCCCCAGCAGUCAAGGGCAACAUCCUCUCGGUACCAGUGGAAAUGCACCGUCAAACACCAGUAUACCAGACAUCAAUGUCCCGGAGCCCAUCACACCUGCCUCAAAUGGUGAUAUCCUUUCAGCAGUGGGAGCUGAAGAAACCUCAGUGAGGAAUGCAGCAUGUAGACAGCUGCAGAAGAAGCCGAAAUCACACGUCCAGAGAACAAACAGAGCAACCCAAAACGGUGGAGUUGUCAAACAGAACGGAACCCUGAGGACGCUCCCCCACCCGACUGCCACUGCAACUUCGCCCACUGUAACAGACUCUCAGAUGUUAGCCAAACGCCACCUUUCAACCACUCCAUCCUCCCCUCGUCUUCAGCCCUCACCGCUCUGCUGCCAGCAGUGUCACUUCCACUCCUUUUGUUGCCCCUGUGGUCAGCAGGAGUGCCCUCUCUUCCAUAUUCCCGGCACGGGCCAUGGGCCUGGCUUGGUUCCUCACACCAGGAGCCCUCUGUCCUGCUCUUGUUGUCCACCUGCCUGCACUUACUCAAACCCCCGGCCUCAUCUGACACACCCGACCACAACGCUUUGUCGACACCACCACGAUCACCAGCACUGGCAGGAGCACCUCCAGAGUUCAACACGCCCAACUAGAAUUAGCCCUGCAUGGCCCUUUCGAUUCCCCAAAAGCUAUUCUGAGCUGAUAGCUGAUUGGCCAGUGGUGGUGCUCGGUGUGUGUACAGUGCUAAUUGUAGUGUGCGCCCUGGUGGGUGUCCUGGUUCCUGACCUCCCUGAUUUUUCUGACCCUCUUUUGGGUUUUGAGCCUCGGGGAACUGCCAUCGGUCAACGACUGGUCACAUGGAACAACAUGGUGAAGAACACUGGCUACAAAGCAACACUGGCCAACUAUCCCUUCAAAUAUGCCGAUGAGCAGGCUAAAAAUCACCAAGAACCCAAGUGGCCGGAAGACCACUUUGAUCGAGAAAAACGUCAUGCAGAGUGGGACUUCAGUAAGGAGUUUUUCUGCGAUGUACCAGGCUCCAGCUAUUCCAGACUGGUUUUCUCAUCUGCUGAAGGAAAGAACUUGUGGAGUAUUCAGGCCAUCAAAUCCAUGUGUAAUCUGGACAACACUAGGGUGCGCUCACACCGUGACUACUGGAGCCUCUGUCAGCGCACCAACGAUGCUUCAUGUUGCCCCAGCUGGACACUUGGUAACUACAUAGCAGCCCUCACAAAUCGGUCAUCCUGCCAAAUGAUCACUGAGCGGGAUGUAUCGCACACGCUCAAGAUUUUGCGCUCGUGUGCCAAGUACUACCACAAUGGCACGCUGGGACCAGACUGCUGGGACAUGGCCCUGAAGCGCAAGGAUCAGCUGAAGUGUGGCAAUGUGCCUCGGAAGUGCACCAAGUACAAUGCCGUCUACCAAAUGAUGCACUUCCUGGUUGAUAAGGACUUCCUCAGUCCAAAGAGCCUGGAAUAUCCUCCGCCUGUGCUCAUGUAUAGCAUGCUGUUCUCGCCCACAGAAAAAGGAGAGUCUAUGAUGAACAUUUACUUGGACAAUUUUGAGAACUGGAACUCCUCGGACGGCGUCACCACAGUCACUGGUAUCGAGUUUGGCAUUAAACAUGACCUCUUUCAGGACUACCUCCUCACGGACACAGUGUACCCAGCUAUAGCCAUUGUUAUAGUCCUGCUGGUCAUGUGUGUGUACACACGGUCCGUUUUCAUCACUCUAAUGACAAUAAUAGCCAUUAUUAGCUCCCUCAUUGUGUCUUAUUUUUUAUACCGAAUGGUUUUCAACUUUGAGUUUUUUCCUUUCAUGAACCUCACAGCUCUUAUCAUCCUGGUGGGCAUCGGUGCAGACGACGCCUUUGUGCUUUGCGAUGUAUGGAAUUACACCAAAUUUGAUAAGCCCCACGCUGAGCUGGCAGAAACUGUCAGUGUGACUUUACAGCACGCCGCCUUGUCUAUGUUUGUCACCAGCUUUACCACCGCUGCUGCUUUUUAUGCCAACUAUGUCAGCAACAUCACUGCCAUACGUUGUUUUGGCGUUUACGCCGGAACAGCCAUCUUGGUCAACUAUAUCCUUAUGGUGACGUGGCUCCCAGCUGUGGUGGUGUUACAUGAGCGGUACCUACCAAAUGCGUUACCCUGUUCCAAGCCCCAACACCCGCAAACCGGUUACUGCAUCCAGGUGAUUGUGUCCGGUUUUUGCCAGAAGGCUACCAAAUGCUUCUUUAGUGUCUCUGAAGCAUCUAGAAUCUUCUUUGAGAAAGUUCUUCCCUGCAUCGUCAUCAAACUACGCUACCUCUGGCUCCUCUGGUUUCUUGCUCUUACAGUGGGCGGGGCAUAUGUUGUUUGUGUCAACCCAAAGAUGAAGCUUCCGUCCCUGGAACUGGCUGAGUUUCAGGUGUUCCGUUCUUCCCACCCUUUCGAGCGCUACGAUGCAGAGUACAAGAAACUUUUCAUGUUCGAGAGGGUUCAUCAUGGAGAGGACCUCCACAUGCCUAUCACCAUCAUCUGGGGUGUCACACCUGUGGAUAACGGAGACCCCCUGAAUCCCAAAAACAAGGGAAAGUUGAUGCUGGACAGCAGCUUUAACAUCGCCAGUCCAGCCUCUCAGCUGUGGAUCCUCAAUUUCUGCCAGAAGCUUCGAAACCAGAGUUUUGUCUUUCAGUCAGACGAGCAGGACUUCACCAGCUGCUUCAUUGAGACCUUCAAGCAGUGGAUGGAGAACCAAGACUGCGAGGAGGCAUCUGUCUACCCCUGCUGCAGUCAAUCCAACUUCCCCUACAAGCAGGAAGUCUUUGAGCUGUGUAUCAAGAGGGCCAUCAUGGAGCUCGAUCGCAGUACCAACUACCACCUGGACAGCAAGACCCCUGGACCUCGAUUUGACAUCAACGACACCAUCAAGGCCAUCGUUUUGGAGUUUAAAAGCACCUUCCUCUUCACACUGGCCUAUGAGAAGAUGCACCAGUUCUAUCGUGAGGUGGACGCCUGGAUAACCGAGGAGCUGCGCCACGCCCCAGCAGGCCUCAGUCAUGGCUGGUUUGUCAGCAACCUGGAAUUCUUCGAUCUUCAGGACAGUCUCUCUGAUGGCACUCUGGUUGCCAUGGCACUGUCUGUGGCUGUAGCCUUCAGUGUAAUGCUGCUAACCACAUGGAACAUCAUCAUCAGCUUAUACGCCAUCCUGUCCAUUGCUGGGACGAUUUUCGUCACCGUGGGCUCCCUGGUGCUUCUUGGUUGGGAGCUGAAUGUUUUGGAGUCGGUCACGAUUUCUGUGGCGGUGGGACUGUCCGUGGACUUCGCCGUCCACUACGGUGUGGCCUACAGGCUCGCUCCAGAGCCUGACCGCGAGGGAAAGGUGAUCUUCUCCCUCAGCCGCAUGGGUUCCGCUAUUGCUAUGGCUGCCUUGACCACCUUUGUCGCAGGGGCCAUGAUGAUGCCCUCGACUGUUUUAGCCUACACCCAACUGGGCACUUUCAUGAUGCUUAUUAUGUGCAUCAGCUGGGCCUUCGCCACCUUCUUCUUUCAGUGUAUGUGCCGUUGUUUGGGACCUCAGGGCACCUGUGGCCAGAUCCCACUGCCCAAGAAGAUGCAGUGUCAGGCUUUCUCUGAGGGCCCAUCUCAGGGGUCUUCAUCUGAAGGGAAGAGCUCCAGCCCGGGGAAAUACCGGCUUGACAGCAGCGAGGGACAGGCCGAACAUUAUGAAUUAGAGCCGCUCGCGUCAAGUCAUAAAGUUGAAGACAAACCUCAAGAGACUCACGAGCUUUGUACUCAUCUUCAUAAUGGAGUACACCCUCACUACCACACUUCGCAAUAUUCACACACCCAGUAUAAUAGUAAAAUGGAGGCUGGUGGAGCCAGUCCUGAAAACGGACUUGUUGCCUCACACAACACGCCAUGCCAGUGCCAGUGCUCCCAAAACACAGACUGCUCAUGUGGGGAACCGCCUCCGCAGUGGACACUCCAUUCCUGUCCUUCGCCCCUCCAAGACUCGCAUGGCCUCCCCCAGCUCAUCCCCAUUGCAGGAAACUGCGCAAACAAAGUGUUGCCAACAAACCUGGACUCAGUCUGCACACCCAUGGAUUGUUGCAAGCACUACGUCCCCUGUGCGCCUUCCCACUUGCACCGCUGCAGCCCAGCAAGGAUCGUAUACUCCAGACAAGCGCCUGCACCCUGCUGCCAGCUCAAGAAGUUUUGCAUUCACGGUGCGAGCCCAGAGGCUACUUCAGAAAAUAGAUCCACAGGCUUGGCCUUAAACCAGCGCACAGCCCAAAAACCUGACUCUUUUAAUGGCUUAAAGCCGAACACACAAGAGCCCAGUCAUCAGCCAAAAGUGCCAAGUCCAAUUAUCAGCACACCAGCCCUGACACAGACUCAGUGCCCCUCGUCCACACGGGACUCACCUGAUACAGACGUACAUCAAGGGUUUAAGGCGAGAGACGGGGGUUGUAACCAUAUGUGCAGCACCACCACAGAAACCACAACACAGGAGGAUGUUUGGUGUAAAAUCCCUGACCAGCAGGAGAGUGUCGUCAACCUCCGGAAGGAAAGGGUGAAAAAGUGCAAGCAGAACUCAAACCGGGAGCAGGCAUCUUCUGCCUCUCCAAAGAAACUCUACUGUUUUAACAGGUCAUUGAAGGUCAAGUACAACUCGGCUUCAGAGUUCAGCGUGCCGAAAAAUGAAACAAGCGUGCCUCCCAUUAUAAUAAACAGCAGUCGCUCCUCUGAAAGCUUAUGUUAGGACAAAAACACACUGUAAAAAAAUUAUUAUUAGGGUUAUUGUGAUGCUAAGUGCCUCAGUGUGAUUUUAUACAGAAGCACUGACCCACUAAAUAGUGUCUAUUUACUUCUAUGGCCAAACUGUUCUUUCUAAAACAAUCUUAACGCAUAAUGCCUUUUUUUAACCAUGUGUCAAUAUACUGCAGACAUUUGCACAGACAGAAAAAAAUCGCACAUAGUUGCGGUUAAAUGCUUAAAAUGCGAUCACUAUUUAAAAAUCAUUGCUUGUCAAAAGUUUUGUGUGUAAUGAACAUCUCCAAUGGAUUAUGUUCUGUAUGAAUAAAAUGUCUCACUUAA